AUGGUCGUCCUGCAUUCGCGUCUCACCAUCCCCCCCUUGGCUAACCUCCUCCCGUCUCCUUCUCUAGUCUAUAUUAUCUGGUCUCGGCCUCGUCGUUACUCGACUAAGUACAUCGUUCCUGACGAUAUCCGCCCCACCAAGCGUCGCGAGUUCCACGACUAUUUCGUCACUCAUCUACCCUCGUCCUCGCUACACCCGGAUCCCCGGGGUCCAUUGGCCCCUUUCCAUAAANUACCUCGUUCAGCUUCGGUCCCCCAUACUGGCGAGAUCUCCCAUUCUCCUGCCGCAUUCCAGCCCCUUGUCGACCGGGACACCACUGUUGUUCGCAUCCCACUGCGGAGCGCCAAACACCACUUCGGUGCACACAGCUCCCGAGGCACACGGCCCUACAAUGAAGAUGCCUACCAGGCUGGCGUCAUCGAUAUACCCGCCUUUGCGAAGCAGAGCCGUGGGGCUGACAGCGCGAGCGGGGAUCCGCAGGUCUUCUAUUUCGGCGUCUUUGACGGUCAUGGCGGAACGGAGUGCACGCUGCCCAUAGUACAGGGCGGUAACUCUAAACGUAUCGGAGAAUUAGAACGGAUCUUAGUGCAGAACUGGAAGACUUUGGUUGGCGGCUAUUUCAAGAGAUUUGUUCCGCCUCACUUUACACAUGCCGGAAAGCAGAACUCGACGACCGAUGUGGAUUCUGGCAUGGGAGUCACCAUUGAGGAGAUCUUGGAGUAUGCCUUUCUCCGGACCGAUUUGGAGUUUGUCUCGGCGCAAGCGGCCAAGAGAGACGAUGAGUUUACAAAGGUCGGCCAGCCAAUGCAUCAAGAUGAUAUCUUGUAUGGCCCAGGCCGCUCCCGAUCGUUGAAUAUUGGCGGGGUCAAUCGCUUCAAGGGGGGCAGCACGGCCAGUGUUGCGCUCAUCUCAACUCCGACGCCCGCUCCGUUUUGGCACCCCAAUGCUCCAUCUAGCCUGCUUAUCUCGCAUGUUGGGGAUACUCGGAUCCUCUUAUGUUCCACUUUGACAGGCCAAGCCAUCCCGGUCACGUCCAACCAUCACCCCUCGUCGCCUAUUGAAGCUUCCCGAUUACGACGGUAUGCUACCACGUUUGUGACAGACUCGUUCGGAGAAGAGCGGAUGAGCGGACUUGCCAACACUCGAUCUUUUGGGGACGUCCAGUCCAAGCGCAUCGGUGUCUCGGCAGAGCCAGAGAUCCGUCGCAUUGAGAUGGGGCCAGCCGAGUACUCGUUCUUGGUGCUCAUGUCGGACGGAAUCAGCGGCACGCUCCUAGACCAAGAGGUUGUCGACAUCGUCAAGGAAGCGAAGACCCCUGAUCAGGGUGCUUCCGAUGUGGUCAAAUUUGCGACUGAGGUGACUCGUGAAGGAGACAAUGCCACCUGCCUGGUAGUCCGAUUGGGCGGGUGGGAGCGGCGACUGGAGGGAGGACUGGGCAGCUUGGGGACGAAAGAGUCUCGAGAGUGGCGUCGGCAAGAAGCGACAGAUCCGCGCAGGUCACGGAGAUGA